CUGUCCGAUGAAACUAGAGGUUAUUUUGAAUUGAUCAACUACGUCUUUCUCUGCAGCAUUGUCGCCAUCUUUGGCAUCGUCUCUAACGUUGUCAACAUCGCCGUAUUUUACCGGCAAGGUCUAAACAACACCGUCAACAUCAGCUUCACCGGACUGGCCAUUUCUGACCUCGGGAGCUUGGUGUCGCUUCUAUGGUUCGACAUCUGUGUCAGCCCGCUGUUUCGGACCUUGAAUGUUCCAUUUUUACCGUUAGAAGUCCAGCACUUGACCGGAGGGUGGCCGAGAGGCUGCUUCGCCCGCGUGACCAAUUGGAUCACCGUGUUCAUCACGGCGGAGAGAUGUCUGUGUAUCACUGCGCCCCUAAAGGUUAACAAAAUCAUUACGCCUAAGAGAGUCACUGCGAUAUUGAUUCUCAUUUACGUCUUCAUGAUAGUCCCGCUAAUUCCUGAGUACACCACCGCUUAUUUGGACUGGAAAGUUGUCGAAGGCACUAACGUAACUCUUUUUGGCUUGAAAUUUACAGCAGACCGACCGAAUGUCGAGGGGUUAGCGUCCUUGAUUUAUUUUAUUUACAUAUUCAUGGCCUACUUUGGCGUUGUUUUUCUAACGUGUCUUUUAAUCUACAAGCUGAAAAAGAAAACAAAAUGGCGUACAAAAUUGACCUCUCAGUCGAAACAAUCAGAGUCCCUCUCUUCCCGCGACAAGAAGACCAUAAAUAUGGUUAUAGUUAUCGCGAUAGUCUUCAUCGUCUGCUGCGCGCCGUCCAUCAUCCUGCACGUGAUCCCAUACAUCGUGCCUGGUUAUGGUGUCGUCGGAGCACAUUCCAAUUUCUUUUUCAUGUGCUGGUCUUUCGGCUUCCUCUUUGAGGCAGUCAACGCCAGCGUCGACAUAAUUCUGUACUACAGGAUGAGCUCCAAGUACAGACGAACUUUUCAGGACAUC